CUUCUCUCUUCCUCUUCCAGAAUCAAAUCAAAACCUAGCCGCCUCUCUACACCUCACCUCUCUCUCCUCGAUAGACCGAAACCCUAGCCUCCUCUCUUCAGACCGUCGCCAUCUUCUUCUCCUCUCACUCUCUCGUCCCUCUUCCACCAUAGACCGAAACCCUAGCCCCCAAUCGUCGUCCUCUCUUACCCUCUCAAUCCGCCGUCGCUCUCGAGAUAAAACGCUGCUCGUGUUCGCAAACGAGAGAGCUGCUGCUGUGAAACCAAGAUUCGUGAUUUCUUCUUCAAAGCUUGAAGAUGCCGCGUUAUGAUGACAGAUAUGCCAACACCCGCCUCUAUGUUGGCCAUCUAGCCCCCCGCACAAGGUCUCGUGAUCUUGAAUAUGUCUUCAGCAAAUAUGGGAGGUUUCUGGGGCUUUUGCCUUACCUGGAGGCCUGUGGUGAGAUGGUUGCCAUGGUGGAAAUUGGUGGAAAUUCUUGCCUAUGGGACUUUGGCGAUUCUUUCUAUUAUGUUAUUGCAGUCCGAGAUGUGGAUAUGAAGCGUGACUAUGCAUUUGUUGAAUUUAGUGAUCCACGAGAUGCUGAUGAUGCAAGGUAUCACUUAGAUGGCCGAGAUGUUGAUGGAAGUCGGAUCAUUGUGGAAGUUGCUAAAGGGGUACCUCGAGGCUCCAAGGAAUACCUGGGGAGAGGUCCGCCUCCUGGAUCUGGGCGGUGCUUCAAUUGUGGUAUUGAUGGCCACUGGGCUAGAGAUUGCAAAGCUGGUGAUUGGAAGAAUAAGUGCUACAGAUGUGGGGAGAGGGGACACAUUGAGAGAAAUUGCAAGAACAGCCCUCAGAAGUUGAAGCGUGGGCGAAGUUACUCAAGGUCCCCAUCACCUCGUCGUGGUGGCAGGAGCCGCAGCCCAAGUUACAGCCGAGGCCACAGCUACAGCCGAUCGAGAUCUCCAGUGCCUAAGAGAGACCGAAGUGUAGACAACGAGGCCAGGUCAAUGAGCCCGGACCCAAGGAACGAUGGCCCUUCCAAGGGGAGGAAGCGUAGCCCAACUCCUGAAGAUCGAAGCCCACGCCCUUCUCCCAAAGCUAGGAAGGUGGAGGAUGAUGACCGAGAGUAUAGUGCCAGUCCAAGGGGCAGGAGCCGGAGCAGGAGCAGGACCCCAGAAAGAGAGAGCCCUAGAAAUGGCAGGUACGAGAGUCCCCCGGCUAAUGGCCGAAGUCCAAGCCGGAGCCGCAGCCCUAGUCCGAGGGCGAGGGAUGACAAGAGCCCUGCUGCUGAGGAUGAUUUUGAAAACAACCGUCGCUCGCCUAGAGGCAGCGAGUCUCCCUGAAAGAUGAAUGAGAGAGCGUGGCUAAUAGUCCCUGAAGCUUCACUCCCCGGUCGUCAAUUUAAAUGUUCAAUAUUUGGAAGCUUCAACUAUGGAUUUUCUUUUAUGUUGUGAUGUAGCUUUCGGCGGAAUUCUAUGUCCUUCUGUGAGCUGAAUGUAUCCUUUGUUCACCGGAUCCGUAGCUCUUUCCUAUUUGAUAUUUUAAGCUAAGGCGGCAAUGUUGUUGGAUGAAGGAUUUACCAAUGCAAUUCGGAAAAUGGAAGUGCAAUGUUGUCGACAGAACUGAAACGUUUCUUUUUUAUGUAAUUCGCGUGCAA